AUGAUGGUCGAGUCUCAAAGGGUAUCACGAAGAUGGCGCACAAACGUGGAGGAGGGAGGUAAGAGAGAGCAGCAAGAUCAGAGAGAGACCAGAGCUUCAAGCAUGAGGCUGGCUGGGAAAGCUGUGACGAAAGCCAUGAAUGCCUUGGCUGCCUCAGGUUAGAAUCGGUAAAGCUUACAUAACUGCUAACAGAUGCUGGCGAUUGCACGCGAUUGGAGAAGCUAGGACAUCAAAAGCUUGAUUCAAUUUCACCGUGA